AUGAAUGUGACGAGUUCUUCUUUCGAGAGAUUCAAAAAAUUUGUCGGAGGGAAGAAAAAGGACAAGGAAAAAUCUUCACUUAUCAAUGGCUUGGCAAGCUUUUACGACAAAAUUUUCGAAGAAAAAAUCGAGCAGCGCUAUGAAGAGUUCGAGCGCCAAAGCAAUCCUGGCAGCACCAAGCUGAUGCGCCGAAGAACACCGUCAGUUGGCCGGUGUGUCGGGAAACUCGACUUGAGCAGAAGUGUCGAAUUUGAAAAGAAUGGAGAGAACUCAGUGAAGCUGAGGAGAUCCAAUUCACUGAGAAAUUCGGCUUCGAAGUCACCUGGGAUCAGUUCUAGAGCCUCGUUCUUUCAGGAUGCGAUUACUUCGAAGGUCAAAGGCAACACUGAACAAGGGUACUACAGAAGAUUGGAAAAUGCUCUAGAUAAGAACGAAAUCUUCGACCGACGGACCUGUCGUCUUCCUUUUGAAAAAGAGCUUGAAUCACGAGGAUGGAUCGACAAAGCUGCCACACGAAAGCGGAAAGCCUCCAAGAAAAGCUACAUUUCUCGGCGAGAAAGGGGGUAUUACAGUCUUGCUAUGACUGAACACGCGGUAGAUGAGGCAACGGAUGCACUAGAUGCCCGACUGAAAUCAGAGGACCCGAAAAUCGCAUUUUUCGCAACAGUUGAUGUUUCGAAAGGUCUCGUCUCUUACGACAACUUUUCAUCUUCGACCAUUAUAAAUCAUUUCGAAGAAGGAACAACAUUCGUUCAUAAGCAAAACCUAACCGAAACGAUCCAAAAACGAUAUGGGGCCUCCGCACCAUAUUUCAAAGAAACUGUUCUAGCCGAAGACACAACUGAUGAUCAAAUGAAAAACGUCAAAACAACUGUUUAUAAGGGCCUGCUUAGAUCCUUCGCGCUUUAUACAACUGAGAACUACACUAUCAACUACAGGUCUCAUGAUCAAAUCAAAUUUGCCCUUUCGCAGCUUGAUAAUUUCAAUGCCGACUCGAAAAAGUGGAAAAAGCUCGAAAAAUUCUUCCUCAAUGCUCGAUAUACCGGAAAGAUCAUCAAAAUUUCGACAGGCGACCUCGAGGAGAUUCAAAAACAUGUGACUUCAGAAAGUUGUGAAGAGGAAAAUAUUUGGAUCGUCAAGCCCUGCUUGUCGUCACGCGGUCGAGGGAUCAAAGUCACCAAUCAAUGCUCAGAAGUUCUCAAGCACAUUGAAAAUAUAAUCUCGGACAAUGCUGACAAAGAAUACUUUCCGGUCAUGGUUCAAAAAUACAUCGAAAAACCUUUGUUGAUCCACAAGCGGAAAUUUGACAUUCGGCAGUGGUUCAUGCUGCAUCGAACAGACGAAAACCUAGAUAUCUAUAUCUACGAUGGAAGUUAUCUAAGAUUUUCCGGACAGCACUUUUCUCUUGACGAUUUCGAUGAAUUCAUUCACCUUACCAAUCACUCCAUCCAAGUCGGCAACCUGAAACGAACCAAACACGAAAUCGAACUCCUCAAAGAAGAACAGUCAAUGUCGAUGCUCGAGGAAAUGAGCGGCCAGCGCUUGGCAAAGCUAAGAUCGGUCGCGCAAAAAGGACCGCAUGAGUUUAUCCCGUCAAGUUGUAUUUGGUCAAAUGAGACGUUUCGCACCUGGCUUUUGGAGAAAAACGAAGGAGAGGAUGUUUGGCGAGAGAGGAUUUUCCCAGCGAUGAAGGAUGUUCUAAGAGAGGUGGUGAGGGAUAGCUUGGAGGAUUACUCGUAUCUCAGACCCAACACAUUCGAGUUCUUCGGCGCCGAUUUCAUGAUCGACAAACAAAACAACGUUUUCCUCCUUGAAAUCAACAAAUCACCAGACCCUUCUCAAAACACAAGAACCCAAAAGAACAUCUUUGAUGGAAUCGCUUCAGACACUAUAAAGAUCCUCAUUGACCGGGAAAAAGACAAAACUGCUUCGAUUGGAAAUUUUAUUCAGCUGUAA